AUGGUUGGCCUAGCUAUCGCGUCUGAGUCGGAUAUAACACCCAUGGGUCUUAAAUGCUCCCCUCCUGAAUCAGUGCAGUGCUCAACAGACCUGAAAGGUUAUAAUAACGAGAACGAUUACGGGUUUUUCCGUGUGCCUGCAAAGAUUGCUGUAAGGUGGUUUAUGAUGGCCCAACACGGCGGACCUUCCAGUGUGGAAACUGAAGUCCAAGUCGGCCCAGAGCCUUUCCUCGCAGACAACUGGGUCAAGCUUAUGGCCGCAACGAAAUAUACCGAUCGAGGAGAGCCAUUCAAACCCCAUCGUCGUAAGGAAUACCAAUCGUUCUGGGUAGCAAAUAGGACCCACCGCGGGGUAUCUUUCCGUGGGUUCAGCCUAAGACUCUUAGCUGCGGAUGGCAAAGAUAUAGCCGUCGUGACUGGUGACUUUCGAUACGGCGAUAAAUCAUCAUCAUUGAUUGAAGUUCACCCAGCCCUACCUACCCCAUGGUUCGAAGAAAAUUAUACCACAGGGCAUGAGUUGGCAUCUGCUGGUAUCAUGAUUCAUGAUUGGCAGAACUCGAGAGUUUUGCCAGCCGGUCUGGCGAAACUGGUUCCGCCUGUUCCACGGCGACACUCACACAAAACCUGGCAGAACUAG